AACUCACCGGUUCAUCACAGCAAAAGGAAGAACAUGGAAUCCUCCAGAUCGCCCAGAAGCUCCAAACAGCACCAUUCACGCUCAAGGUCUCGAUCCAGGGACAGAAAACGGAACAGGAAACACAGGCGGAGUCGCAGCAGGAGCACAGAGGUAAAUAAUCACUCGCUUCAUUCCUUUAAAUCUAAAGCACAUUUUCAUGUGUCUUUUUGAAGCGUGUCAGUUGUUAGUACUUGUUAAUUCCGUGGCCACGGUGAGUAUUUCAUCAGUGGUCCCCAACCACGGACUGCAGAUAUUGCAAUAGUUUCCACUAUAUAAAAGCAAAGGUUGGGGACCCCUGAGUGGGACGGACAAAAUUAAGUCAGAAAGGAAAGAUGAGCGUGGGUUUGACAUUUCAUCCUUGGAUAUGUGUUAUUUGCAACCAUAUUCUGUAGUGAUCAGCUAAAUCUUCUAGUUUUACUUUUGUUAAAAUUGUGUGCGUAGACCACAUGAUAACAUUUCUACGAUAAAUCACACUCAGCGUGCUAAAGCAUGAAGAGACUGAACAGAGGAGGCUGCUGACAUAGCAAAAUAAUAUGUCUACUCCGGGGACAGAGACCCACUUCUUCUUGAAACAGGCACGAAAGAGAGAGCCGGAGAAGCCGUCCAAAUCGCACAAGCAAGCAGACGAGCACCACCACGAGAGGCUCUCUGCCGAGGACGGCGACAAGAGGUCGCGGCGCAAAGACAGGAAGUCCUCCAGGGGUCGCAGCUCGUCCCGGUCGCAUUCGCGAGAGAGGCGGCACCACAGCAGGAGCAGGGACAGGCGGCGCUCGUCACGAUCGCACAGCCGCGACAGGAAGAGGAGGCCUCGCUCGCGGUCGCGCUCCAGGUCCAAACAGCGUUACCGUAGCGGGAGCCGCAGCAGGAGCAGGGAGCAAAGGAAAAAAAGCGAAAAGGUGCGCAAGAGGAGUCGAAGCGGCUCGGCCAAUCCGCCCAUCUUCCGGGGCCGCAACACAGCCAUGGACGCACAAGAGGCCCUAGCCAGAAGGUUAGAGCGAGCCAAGAAGCUCCAGGAGCAGAAGGAGUUGUCCGAAAAACAUCAGCAGGAGGUUAUCGAAGCAACCUCUCCGGUGGCCAUCGCAGCCACCCCGACGACCGUCUCGGCCGUGGCCGCCGCCUCCAACCACGCCCUCAACGUGGCCGCCCUGCUGGCGUCGGGCACCCAGGUGACGCCCCAGAUCGCCAUGGCGGCGCAGAUGGCGGCGCUGCAGGCCAGGGCGCUGGCAGAGGGCGUUGCCGUGCCCGGCUACUACAACCCGUCCGCCGUCAACCCUUGCAAGUUUGCUGACCAGGAGAAGAAGCGCAAGAAGCUGUGGCAGGGAAAGAAGGACGGGGACAAGUCCCAGACGGCCGAGUUGUGGGAGAAUCUCAACUUUGGCAACAAGGACCAAAAUGUCAAAUUCCGUAAACUCAUGGGCAUUAAGGGUGACGAGGAGGGUGAAGCGUCCAGACCGCUCAACGACGAAGGGCUGAAGACCCUCCAGAAGCAGGAGGAGGUGUUCCGCAAUCUGGACGUGCAGUACGAGAUGGCACGAUCGCAGACACACACACAACGCGGCAUGGGCCUCGGCUUCUCCUCCGCAUUUUCUCGCGGAAUGGAUUCUUUCUAGGGGUCGGUGUGGGACUUUGUAAUUUAUUCCUCCAGGAUGGUGUAAAUAAGAAGUCCUACCCAUUCAUACAUGGCUCAAAAUGGACAACGCUGUGGUAGUAGUAUUAUUAUUAUUAUUUUUACACCUGUAAAUUGAAACUUCAGUAAUCCUCAAAAAGUUUGGAGUAUUUGCAUUUUGAGUAAACCUUGAAUGCACUGCAACCUGGUUGACAAAUCUUUGACUUUUAAAGGCACAGUUUUGGGAAAUUUGGAGUUGAUUUUUGAUUUCAAACACGUUGUGAAUUUAUCCAACACGCGGCGGAAAUACUGAAACGUGAAUGCUCAACUUAAAUUGACUUGAAAAGAUUUGUUCCGAAAGCCCAAUAUGGCCAAUUUUUUGGGAGUUGUUUGGGAAAAGAAUGACGUGUGACCUGUUUAUAGCCUUAAGACCCGUUCAAAUCUCCAAACCGUUUGGGGAGAGAGCCCCUUAAAACAUUUCAACCCACAAAUACUAUAGAAUUUGUUUGCAUGUAGCAUUUGAAUUGAUUGAAGUUGGACACUUAUGGGAAAAAAAUGCUCCAUUCUUUCCAAGAGUGCCACACGCAAACCCAAAAGGCCAUUUCAAACCGAAAUAAAUGACUGUCGGAAGGCUA